AUGGUCAUGACAGGCAAAUUCCAACGUUGUGAAGAAAAGAAUCCGAGUUGGGCACGAUGUGAGAAGAGUUGCGACGGAACUGACUAUGGCGUAGCAGUCGCUGGAAGGAGAUAUGCUAGCAAAAGUGUGGUGAAUGGGUGUGUGCGUGCAAUGCAAAUAGAGAUUACCAAUGUGCCGAAAACGGAUCGUGUAUUUAUUUGUGCGAGUAAACGUGACGGAAAAUAA